UGUGUAGACUUCUUCAUCAGUAUAGAGACGGCGAGCUUGCACACGCACAUUCCUCGGCGAGUUACUCAUCUUCCCUAUAUAUAGAGAGUGUAAAGUGAAUUGCAACGCCUCUGACGGGGCUCCGCUGCAAGUUUCUCCAAGACAGUGUUGUUGCUUUGGCAUUUUUCAUUAGCAACACUUCCUUAGGAGAAUAAGUGCGCCAGAACAAUGCUGUCUUUGCAGGAGUGUGUCCGGCUCGGAGCGUUAGAGGUAUGCAAUCUCCCUAUGAGAUCCGGACCGUGUCGACGUUUUAUAGUUUCAUCUGAAUAAUAAUAAUAAUUUAAAAAAACAACAAAAAAAAACCAACGACUGAAAAUCGCCAAGAGAAAAUAUAAUCUGGACUGAAAGCUGCCGAUUGCUGUGUUGAUUUUGGAGGUCAAGCCCUCAUGUUUUCCUUGGUGAAAAACUCAUGGACAAAUGUGUUACUGUGCAUCCAGAUGACUGUAGUAGCAUCCGACAGCAUCUCUCCCUGCUCUAUUACUGGGUAUAGCGCGAACUGCAAGGGGCUGAAUCUGGACCAGGUACCCCCGGGGCUCCCUGCCUCUCUAGAGUCGCUUGAUUUGUCCUUCAACAAACUCACCGCCAUCACGAACAAAGACUUGGCACACCUGACCCAGCUUCGCAGUCUGAACCUGGACUUCAACAACAUCUCCCUCAUCGAGGAUGAAGCGUUCGCGUCUAACGCUCUCCUGAAGGAGCUCAGCGUCUUCAACAACUCCUUAACCCAGGUGCCUUCCAAGCUGCUGGAACCCUUAACCAGGCUGAGAUCCCUGGAGAUGUCCAAUAACCUGUUUGCCUCGGCCGCGCUGGGAGAGGUCUUCUCCACCCUGCGGGAGCUUGAGUCGUUGUCCAUGGGCGGCCCCCUCCUCCUCAACCUGAGCAGAGAAGAUUUCCUUCCCUUGCGAUGGACCCCGCUGAAGAAGUUUGCCAUCAAGUCGGCGUCCAGCCUGCAGCACUACGACCCGGGGACUCUGUCUGUCCUCCAGACCGACCAGAUGUGGUUCGACGUGGCCCUCGACCAGAAACCGGAAAUCCUGCCCUUGAUGCUGAAAGAUCUAGCCAGCAAAACCUUCGCCAUCCUCCGAUUUCGAAACCUGUUCGAGUUUAAAUACUACACCGGGUCCCAAGACCUUUUCAAGGGGCUACGGGACAUCGCGGCCAGACAGCUGGUCGUCUUCCGGGGGAAAUUCAACGAGAACCUCCUCAGGAUGGCCCUCCUGAACGUGCAAGGGUCCGCGGUGAAAGACUUGGGCUUGGUAGCGAUCGAUUUCGCCCGCUCUCCCGAUUUCGUCAACGACGGUUUGGAGUCCAGCGUCACCGACCUCGUUCUGGACAACCUGCUCCUGCAGGACAUCAGCAACCCAGACAUCCUGCGUUUCGACUGGAGGUUCACCUGGCUGAGCAGAGUGGUCAGGCUGACCAUCAGGAACGUGAACUUCAACCACGUGCCCUGCGACUCCUGGGAGGAGAUGAGGAACGCGGAAACGGUGACCAUCGCCGGCAACCGCUUGACCGACAAAGCCCUCUACAACCAGCACUGCGACUACAGGCGCUCCAUGCCCAAGCUGAGGGUCUUGAACGCCAACGCCAACGAGCUGGCCAGCCUGCGGGCGCUGUCCGCUCUGACCGCGGAGUGGACCGCUCUCCGGGAGCUGGACGUCAGUCACAACAAGCUGGGGUCCACGCGGGAGAGCUGCACUUGGAAACAGAACGUCACGAAACUGGUGAUGCACCACAACAUGGUUGAUCAGGUCACCUUUGGCUGCCUCCCCACCACCCUGCUCUACCUGGACAUGUCCUACUCCAACCUGGACCUCCUGGACAUGGACUACUUCCGCCAAGCCACCCAGCUCCAGGUGCUGCUCCUCAGCGGGAACAAGAUCAAGUUUAUCCCUUCCGGCUGGGAGAGCCCCAACCUCCUUAGCCUGGCCGUCGACGGGAACUCCUUCGGGCUGAUCGGGGAGGGCUCUUUCAGCAGCAUGCCGCGGCUGGUCAACCUGACAGCGGGCAACAACCCCUACCACUGCACCUGCGAUCUCCACGCCUUCAUCCAAGACACCCUGGGCAAAGGCCUACCCAACAUCACAGACUGGCCGGGCAACUACAAGUGUUACCACCCGGAGCCUCUGCUGGAGAUGACCGUAGCCAAGUAUCUCCCGGGCCGGCUGGUCUGCGACGUCCGUCUCGUGAUCGCGGUCUCCGUGGUGACCACGGCUGCCGUGGCCUUCCUCCUCGUGGGGCUCUGCCACGUCUUCAACGUCCCCUGGUACCUAAAGGCCAUGUACUUGAUCCUCAGGGCUCAGUACCGUGCCAGGCAGGAGCAAGGGGAAGCCGGGAGGGUGUACGCCUACCACGCCUUCAUCUCGUACAGCCACUCGGACGCGGAGUGGGUCAGGGAUCACCUGCUGCCCUGCUUGGAGAACUGCGACCCCCCGUACCGGCUCUGCAUCCACGAGAGGGACUUCCAGCCGGGCAAGUGGAUCAUCGACAACAUCAUCGAGAACAUCGAAGACAGCCGCAAGGUGAUUUUCGUGCUGUCCCGGAACUUUGUGAACAGCGAGUGGUGUAACUACGAACUCUACUUUGCUCACCAGCGCGCCAUCGGCAAGUCCUUCAACGACGUCAUCCUGGUCGUCAAGGAGACCAUCGACCCGGAAUCGCUGCCCAGCAAGUACUGCAAGCUCAAGAAGAUGCUCAGCACCAAGACCUACCUGGAGUGGCCUUCGGAGCCCAAGAGACAGGCUUUCUUCUGGGCACAAAUGAGAGGAGUCCUGGGCAAGGCCACACCCACUGGGGAGAAGGCAGGAGGAGGAGGAGGCCAGCCCACUGACCGUGUCUCCAUGGUAGAGCUCCCCCUGGAGGUGGGAGACGGGAAGGGCGAGGGAGAGGAGGACUCUACAGCGGCCCCUGCUGGACAAAGGCAGGUAGUACCUCCAGGCGCCAACAAUGACACAGAACCUGAGAGUCUUUUGUUACACAAGGUCAUCAGUUACCAGGCCAUUCCGAUAGAGGUCGUGUAGUAUUAAAUAUGCUUGAAUGUAUGUAGAGAUAAAUACGUGCAUAUAUAUAUAUAUAUUAGGAGGGAGUACUUCAGUCUCCAUGCCUCAAGCCUGCCCUGGACUGGAGGGAGCACCCUUUCUCUUAGGGGGGUGAGGGAGGGACAGAGGGAGCAGUUCAGUCUCCGUGCCUCAAGCCUGCCCUGGACUGGAGGGAGCAC